AUGAAGCCAUUACAGGAUAUGAAACCUGUCAUACCGGGAAUAAUCCAAGAAGAAUGUAAUGAGUUGGUGGAAAUUUUUAGCAUUGAGAUUUUAGAUGAAUUACCACAAAAGCUCUCCCAAAACAAAACUUGGAAGGAACUGGAAGAAGUUCUAGUAGAGAUUACCAAAGGAAUACUUAAUACCCUUGGUAAUGUGUGGAGGAACCCAGCUUUUUGUCCUAAAUUCGAAAACGCACAAAGUGAAGGAAUCUACGUGACAGAUGUUGUAGUUCCUUUACUUCAGGCUACAUUGAAAGAGCUCCCAGUUAGAAAAAUCACCUUGCUUAGCACUGCAGAGCGACAAAGUGUAGUUAGCGCUGACAGAAAAGGAGAUGGAAAACAGGUCUGCACUAAGAUCAAAGAAGAGAAUGAUGAUGCGAAGCUCUGGAGGGAAAUGAAUGACGGAAUGACCUGGGUUCACAAAGGAUGCAAACCCGAUAAAAAUGAGUUUGGAAUUCUUGGAAUUCACAUUGCUGGAAAAAUAAUGCACCUGAACGUUCUAAUUAAGGAUACAGAUGAAAUUGUUAACAUUUCUAUGUUGUUGAAUGCGCCAAAAACUAAAUCAGAAUGA